GCUUGGGAUAGAAAGAAUGUUUUUUCAGAGUUUCCUCUCUGUCUCUGCUCUCUCGCUGAACUCAAAAAGCUGCUUAUGGUGUAUGUCACCACGCGCCGUGACUAUUUUAACAACCAGACAAUAAAUAUUUGUUUCUUUUCCUUGCCAAGAAAACCCAAAUAAUUUUUCCUUCCUUUCUAUCAAGCAAUACUUACUGCAGUUAUGCUCUCUCACUCGGACAAUAACAAAUCUCCAUGUCCCAGAUCCACACCCUCUCUCUCCCUCUCUCGUGGAUUUUAGGGAUUUCGUGUUAGCACCAUUCUUCUUUGCUGUUCCAUUUCACCACAGGACCACAAUGAACAAGCAGUUUCAGUGUGUUUUCUGUCAAGUACUGUGAGUUUUUGUAUUUAGGUGAUGUUGGUGCUUCUGGGUUCUUUCGGGAUUAUGGUUUAGUGCUAUGAAAAUUGUGGGUUCUUUCUGAAGUUUUUUGAAUUGAUGGGAUUGAAGAAGUGCAGAGGCUUCACUGAACAAGAACAGGAACUUUGAAGGAAUGCAAAAAAAGGAUAAUUUUGUGGAAAGCUGAAAAAUGCUAAAUUUACUUGGUAAACAUAGAUUCUGAAGGAAGAUCGUGUUGGGGUUGGCUUUGGUUAUGGGUUGCGUUUGUUGUAAACCCUCUGCCAUUGAAGAUAGUAAGGAAAGUCCCAGAGAAAGGCUAUCGACCAAGGUUUCUUCGGACCUGCGGGUAUCAAGGGCAACUUCUUCAAGAAGGGAGGAGAUACAUAGGGUGAAAGACCGCUAUGACAGCAAUGAUGGAAGAGCCAUGCUAAUUGAUAAGCAGGCAAAUGGCUCCGUCUCCGUCGCCGUCGGGUUGCAUGUGCCAAAUUUUGAUGGGAAGAGGGAGAGAAUGGAGUAUGUUGCUCCACAACAUCCAGGAAUGGGUACCAUUCCAAAAGCUACUGAGGGAGAGCAGGUUGCAGCAGGGUGGCCUUCAUGGCUAGCUGCUGUGGCUGGAGAAGCCAUAAGAGGUUGGUUACCCCGGCGUGCGGAUUCUUUUGAGAAACUCGAUAAAAUUGGCCAGGGAACCUAUAGCAAUGUUUAUAGAGCUCGCGAUCUUGAUCAAAAGAAAAUUGUUGCGUUGAAGAAAGUAAGGUUUGAUAACCUGGAGCCUCAAAGUGUUCGCUUUAUGGCAAGGGAGAUUAAUAUUUUGCGUAGGCUUGAUCAUCAGAAUGUAAUAAAACUGGAAGGUCUAGUUACUUCAAGGAUGUCCUGCAGCUUGUAUCUUGUCUUUGAGUAUAUGGAGCAUGACUUGGCAGGGCUCGCAUCACAUCCUGGUCUGAAGUUUACAGAAUCUCAGGUAAAGUGUUACAUGCAACAGCUUUUGCGAGGACUGGAUCAUUGUCAUACCCGAGGUGUUUUGCAUCGCGAUAUAAAGGGGUCUAACCUUUUAAUAGACAAUAACGGUGUUCUGAAAAUUGCUGACUUUGGUCUUGCAAGUUUUUAUGAUCCCAAUCAAAAUCAGCCACUGACAAGCCGUGUUGUAACUCUGUGGUAUCGUCCGCCGGAGCUUCUAUUGGGUGCCACAUAUUAUGGAACUGCAGUGGAUCUAUGGAGUACCGGUUGCAUACUUGCUGAAUUAUAUGCUGGCAAACCUAUCAUGCCAGGAAGAACUGAGGUGGAGCAAUUACAUAAAAUCUUCAAGCUUUGUGGCUCACCUUCUGAGGAAUAUUGGAAAAAGUCAAAGUUGCCUCAUGCAACUAUCUUUAAGCCUCAACAUCCUUAUAGACGCUGUGUUGCUGACACUUUUAAGGAUUUUCCUGCGCCUGCUUUAAGCCUUAUGGAGACCUUACUUUCCAUUGAUCCUGCAGACCGUGGAGCUGCAGCCUCUGCCAUUGAGAGUGAGUUCUUCACAACCAAACCACUUCCUUGUGAUCCUUCAAGCUUGCCAAAGUAUCCUCCCAGCAAAGAGUUUGAUGCAAAAAUGCGAGACGAAGAAGCUAGAAGACAAGGAGUGGCAGGAAGCAAGGGCAUGAGGGAUCUUGAAAGGAACAGAACGAGAGAGUCUCGAGCCAUCCCAGCUCCUGAUGCCAAUGCUGAAUUACUAGUAUCAAUGCAGAAAAGACAAGGGCAAUCCAAUUCUAAGAGCCGGAGUGAGAAGUUUAAUCCUCAUCCGGAGGAAGUUGCUGCUGGCUUCCCUAUGGAACCGCCUAGACCAUCACAAGCUGUAGAGUCAAAAGCAGAUUCCCAGGGGCAUCAGCAUAAGAGAGCCCAUUCAGGGCCAUUGUCUCAGCGGGCUGCAUGGGCAAAAGCUGGGAAAAAUCCAGAUGAUGCACCAAAGAUUUCAAGUGGAACGGACUUGUCAGCCAUGUCAGGUUUCGUGGCAGCAAGGAGGAGUUUAUUGUCUGAAGAUCGCAAAGAAAGGUCUGGCCCAUCUCAGCCAGAGGUUCCAAAACUAAUGGCAAGGUUUCCAGGAUCCUUUAAGGAGGCUUCUGAAUCCUUCAUCCAACAGGAUCAAAAACAUCACGUACCGAGUGUUUCAGGUACUCAUCAAAAAGAAGAUGGAAGAAUUAGCAACAAAGAUCCAAUCCUUCUUGGUUAUGGGUCAAAGGGCCCCAAGAUUCACUACUCUGGCCCGUUGAUGGUUCCAUCCUCGAACAUGGAUCAGCUACUAAAGGAUCAUGAUCGUCAGAUCCAAGAAGCUGUUAGACGAGCACGACAUGACAAGGCAAGGGGUAGAAAAGUUCAGGUUGAAGCAAACCUGUCAACCAAUUCAUUAUUUGUUUCUGGUCGAUAAGCUAGAUCAAGUAUAAACCAAAAUGAGGGGAAAGCAUUGCCGGUUGGGCUUAAAUAAAUGGGAUGCCGACUUUCUCAUGAAACAUGAGUUAAACUAUUAGAUGGGGCAUUUUGUACAGGCAUUGUUGCCAGAAAGUUGUCUGGUGGCUAUUCUUAGCAAGUUUAAAGUUCACCAGGCUCCCCCCCCCUCCCUCCCCCGAAUCGGCACAGAGUACAUCUCUCUCUACACUCUCUCUCUUUCUCUCUUCCCCUGAACCCAGUUCAUUCUGUAGUCUGUAGAGAUUAUUUAUCGGCUGUUGUUGUAGAAUAUUUUGAAAUUCUGGCAAUUGCUUUCUCUGUUCCUAAAGGUAUCGUUUGUGACGUUCUCAA